GUCGCGGCCGCAGGUCCCGGAUGUAGCGGCGGGAGCGGGGCUGGCCGUGGCAGCGGGCGGGGGACGCCGCUGGGGCCGGGGAAUGGGCGCGUAGGGAGUGAGGAAGGAAGGGAGCGAGGGAACGAGCGAGCGAGCGAGCAAGCAAGCAAGCAAGGAGAAGAGCCGGACGGAGAUUCCCGCCCGGCGCCCGAGGUAGCCGCCCCCAUCGGGGUCCCCCUCCGCCGCCUGCGGGCUGCGCGCCCCUUCCAUCCGCCCCAGGGCUCCGCCGCCGGGAUGAGCAGCUCGCGGAACAACCGGGUGAUGGUGGAAGGAGUCGGGGCCAGGGUGGUCCGCGGCCCUGACUGGAAGUGGGGGAAGCAGGAUGGCGGCGAGGGCCAUGUGGGCACCGUGCGCAGCUUCGAGAGCCCCGAGGAGGUGGUCGUGGUGUGGGACAACGGUACCGCCGCCAACUACCGCUGCUCCGGGGCCUACGACCUCCGCAUCCUCGACAGCGCGCCCACCGGUAUCAAACAUGAUGGGACUAUGUGUGAUACUUGUCGACAGCAGCCUAUCAUUGGCAUCCGAUGGAAAUGUGCUGAAUGCACAAAUUAUGACUUGUGCACAGUUUGUUAUCAUGGGGACAAGCAUCACUUGAGGCAUCGUUUUUACAGAAUUACCACACCGGGAAGUGAAAGGGUAUUGUUGGAGUCUCGACGUAAAUCAAAGAAAAUUACAGCAAGAGGAAUCUUUGCAGGUGCCAGGGUGGUGCGAGGAGUUGACUGGCAAUGGGAAGAUCAAGAUGGUGGCAAUGGGCGUAGAGGAAAGGUGACUGAAAUCCAAGAUUGGAGCGCGUCAAGUCCACAUAGCGCAGCAUAUGUUCUUUGGGACAAUGGUGCUAAAAACCUUUACAGAGUUGGAUUUGAGGGCAUGUCCGACCUGAAAUGUGUUCAAGAUGCAAAAGGAGGCUCUUUCUACAGAGACCAUUGUCCUGUGUUAGGUGAGCAAAAUGGUAACAGAAACCCUGGUGGGCUGCAAAUAGGUGACCUUGUAAACAUUGACCUUGACUUGGAAAUUGUGCAGUCUUUGCAGCAUGGUCAUGGAGGAUGGACUGAUGGCAUGUUUGAAACUUUAACAACAACCGGAACGGUUUGUGGCAUCGAUGAGGACCAUGACAUUGUAGUACAAUAUCCAAGUGGCAACAGGUGGACAUUUAAUCCAGCUGUUCUCACCAAGGCCAACGUUGUACGAAGUGGAGAUGCUGCUCAAGGUGCAGAAGGAGGAACCUCUCAAUUCCAAGUGGGAGACCUUGUUCAAGUAUGUUACGACCUGGAGCGAAUCAAGCUUCUCCAGAGAGGUCAUGGAGAGUGGGCUGAGGCAAUGCUUCCAACUUUAGGUAAAGUUGGUCGGGUUCAGCAGAUCUAUUCAGACAGUGACUUAAAGGUAGAGGUUUGUGGGACAUCUUGGACCUAUAAUCCAGCAGCUGUCUCGAAGGUGGCAUCAGCAGGAUCUGCCAUAAGUAAUGCAUCUGGUGAGAGAUUGUCCCAGCUAUUGAAAAAAUUAUUUGAAACCCAAGAGUCUGGAGAUCUCAACGAAGAAUUGGUUAAAGCUGCUGCCAAUGGAGAUGUUGCUAAAGUGGAAGACUUGCUAAAGAGGCCAGACGUAGAUGUGAACGGGCAAUGUGCUGGGCACACAGCUAUGCAAGCUGCAAGCCAGAACGGCCAUGUCGACAUUUUGAAGUUGCUUCUGAAACAGAACGUGGAUGUAGAAGCAGAGGACAAGGAUGGAGACAGGGCUGUCCAUCACGCAGCCUUCGGUGACGAGGGUGCUGUGAUUGAGGUUUUGCACCGAGGCAGCGCGGAUUUGAAUGCUCGCAACAAGCGCAGGCAGACUCCGCUCCAUAUUGCUGUCAACAAAGGUCAUCUGCAAGUUGUCAAGACUUUACUGGACUUUGGCUGCCAUCCCAGUCUCCAGGAUUCUGAAGGAGACACUCCACUUCACGAUGCAAUAAGUAAAAAGCGUGAUGAUAUCCUUGCUGUACUCUUAGAAGCUGGAGCAGAUGUUACUAUCACCAACAACAAUGGGUUUAAUGCUCUUCAUCAUGCUGCACUAAGAGGAAACCCUAGCGCAAUGCGCGUGUUGUUGUCCAAGUUACCACGACCGUGGAUUGUUGAUGAGAAAAAAGAUGAUGGUUACACAGCCUUACAUCUGGCAGCUCUUAAUAAUCAUGUGGAAGUGGCUGAACUUUUGGUGCAUCAGGGCAAUGCUAACUUAGAUAUCCAGAAUGUUAACCAGCAAACUGCUCUUCAUCUUGCUGUUGAACGACAGCAUACACAAAUUGUUAGGCUCUUAGUCCGUGCAGGUGCUAAAUUGGAUAUUCAGGAUAAAGAUGGGGAUACUCCCUUGCAUGAAGCCCUGAGACACCACACCCUGUCACAGCUCCGCCAACUCCAAGACAUGCAAGAUGUGGGCAAGGUAGAUACUGCUUGGGAGCCAUCAAAGAACACAUUAAUAAUGGGACUUGGCACUCAAGGAGCAGAGAAGAAGAGUGCUGCAUCUAUUGCCUGCUUCCUGGCAGCCAACGGGGCUGACCUCGGCAUUCGUAACAAGAAGGGUCAGUCCCCUCUUGAUCUCUGCCCUGAUCCAAGUCUCUGCAAAGCACUGGCUAAAUGUCACAAAGAAAAAGUCAGUGGCCAGGUUGGUUCCCGAAGUCCGUCUAUGAUCAACAAUGAUUCUGAAACCUUAGAGGAAUGCAUGGUGUGUUCAGACAUGAAGAGAGACACUCUGUUUGGCCCGUGUGGCCAUAUUGCCACGUGUUCUUUGUGCUCACCACGGGUGAAAAAAUGCCUCAUCUGUAAAGAGCAAGUUCAGUCUAGGACAAAGAUUGAAGAAUGCGUAGUAUGUUCAGACAAAAAGGCAGCAGUGCUCUUCCAGCCUUGUGGUCAUAUGUGUGCCUGUGAGAAUUGUGCAAGCUUGAUGAAGAAAUGUGUACAGUGUCGGGCAGUGGUUGAGCGAAGAGUGCCUUUCAUAACGUGCUGCGGAGGGAAAGGUACAGAAGAUACCAGUGAUGAUAUUUCAAGUGGAAACAUUCCAGUUUUGCAGAAGGACAAAGACAACACUAAUGUUAAUGCAGAUGUACAGAAGCUGCAGCAACAGUUGCAAGACAUCAAGGAACAGACGAUGUGUCCUGUGUGUUUGGACCGCCUGAAGAACAUGAUCUUUCUGUGUGGCCAUGGGACAUGCCAGCUCUGCGGAGACCGAAUGAGCGAGUGCCCCAUAUGCCGCAAGGCCAUUGAACGGAGGAUCCUUUUGUACUAAACAGGGGCCAGGUCUUUUUUACUAGCUUGUAAAAGAGUAAGGACAUGUUGAUGGUAUUAAACCUCUGUUAGUUUGAAAUGUAGUAAAGGGUUCUGAUGAAAACAUUUCUAAUACUGUAGCACAGGUUUGUUACAUAGUAAUUGUUUAAAGACUGUGAACGCACCAAAUAAAAGCAGCAGUAUUUGAACAGUCAGCUUGUAGCUUUACUCUUAAAAAACAUCUAAGCCUAAUGCUAAUUUAAAGCAGUCUUUUUUCCAUUUUGUUUCUGUCGUCUUCUUCCCCUUAAAGUUUAAAGGGACAAUCUUAUUUUGAUUUUGUUCAUGUGUGUCAUGUAUGUAUCAGAUGUCAAGUGAUGUAAGGGAAUUUUUUUUUUUUAUAUUGUCAGGUACUACCAAACAUAAAUAUUUAGGAUUUUUUCUUUUUGCUUUGUGCUUUUCUGGAGAGUGUCGACAUUUCCUGUGACAGUUCUGAUUCACAAUUAAUUUCUGUCUUGAAAUACACAGUCAUGAAAAAUCAAUACAAAAUAUAUACACAGUAAUAAUAGAUAUACUGUUCCCAUAAGGUCAUGCCUCAGAAUGCAAUGGUAGGGUGAUUCUGACUUCAUCACGCCCUUAGUUCCUGAGGAUGGGUUGUGUAGGAAACAAUAAAAAGAAAAAUCUGUUUUAGAAGCAUUAUGUUUACAAAACCGCACUUAGAGCUAACAGGUUCAAGCUAAGUAACUUAAAUAGUGAGCUUCAUAAUUCUGUUAAUUACUUGACUGUGUAUUGAAUUGCUUUUAGCUUGAGUGGAAAGGAGAACAUUUGAGCAGCCGGUCAGUUAUCCCUUUUAGAUGAAUGAAUAUGAUCUGUUGUGUAGAAACACAUACAUGCAGAGCCAUUUAAUAAUUGUGGGUCUGUGAAUUCGGAAAAAAGAGAUUUUGCAAAAUUUCCUUUCUUUUUAAGUGAGUUUUAUUGUCUCCAGGCAAACAGUGUCAACAGCAAAAGCGAAUAUUUAAUAUUGAUAAUUCAUCUGAGUGGGGUGUUAACACCAGAACUUAUCUGUGAACAUUACUGAAUAAUACUGCAAAUGAAGAUACUUCUGACAGAACAGUGAAUUUUGUUAACUGUGCCUAGUUGAGCUGAAUUUUGCUGAAGGAGUUUGUUGUCCCUGAUGUGAUAAAGAGCUGUUCCUCCUGACCCCCAAAAUGCUACUGUUAGGGACUGCAAACUAUUAACAUUUUUAAAACAAGUGUAUCCUUUUUGGUGGUAGAAAAUGCGCUGAUUUAAGGAUCUCUUGUAACUAAAAGGAAUCUGUGCUUGCUCCUAAGUGAUUUGACCGUUUUCUGAGUGCAUAGUUCAGGUAGCCCAUUGCCAUUGUACAGACUUCAUUUGGACAUGCUCUUGCAGAACAUUAAAGAAAUCCAUGCUGGAGUCAUUUAGGUGCCUUACUUGCAGCUAAGGUGAAUUUAUCAUUAAAUUCUCAUUGCAUAUGUCUAAAACGUGGAUAAAAGGAUAGUUCAGGGAAAGCUCCAAGCAAGGAUAAUGUUGUAAUUGUGGUCGUUGCAGAUAAAUCAAUCUGUCUUCUGAAACUUAUGUUGAUAUGCCUGAACUGUGCAAAUGUUGGCAAAUGUCUCAGAAGACUGUUAGUAAUAAACUGUAAAGAUAGACAAACCUUUAAGCAAUAAGAUUUAAACACUGAAUCAAGUUUUCCAGGAAACAAGUAGAGUGAUAUAUUGGAAAAGUGUAUGUAGAGGGGCUUUUAACACCAUGAAGUGGUGUAAUAUGCAGCCUUACAAUAGCCGUCUUUAAUCCUCAUCCAGCAUUCCAAAUGUUCCUUAUUAUUUUCAGUGUUCUUUCAUUGGACACAAUCACAGUCUGGAGUCACUGUAGUAGUCUGGUUUAUUUUGUAUACUAGUUCUCAUCUGUUCUCAGAUAAUCUGUAUUCUUGACCAAAUGAAGCAGGCUUCCCUUUUUUAGCUUCCUGAUUCCAAUUCAAAAAUACCAAAAUUUCAAGGAGUUUUGGAAAGUUUUUGAUGUAAAGCCUUUUUUCAGUUCAGCAUUUUGGGUAUCUCCACUUGAACUAUGCGUGCAUCUGUGUGUUCAUUGCAAUUUUCAUUUGGACAAUAUGCAUGUUACUAAGGUUUUUGGUUGUUUUGUUUUUGUUUUUUUGGGUUUUUUUUUUGUUUUGUUUUGUUUUGGGGGGGGUUGUUGUUGUUGUUUUUUGUUGGUUUUUUUGUUUGGUUUGGUUUUUUUUCGUUUUUUUUUUUUUUUGUGUGUGUGGCAUGUUUUACAGCUGAACUUGGUAUGGUAGGCUUCAGUUUCUUGUCAGGCUUCCCCUGGAAAUACUUCUAUAAUAGGAUGUGCCAUUUGAUGAUCCAUUCUGAGUUUUAGCCUGUUGUGCAUCAGAUUUGUACCUUGAUUUCCUCUGUCUUGGCAGACGUAUUUUGUCCUCUUAAUUCUUUAAGGGAACCUCUGCAAACUUGGCUGUGCAGAUGCAGGGUGGAUCUCUUUUUGAUAACACAACUCAAAACUGAAACCUCAGUAUAGCAGUUCACAUUUUCCUGAUUCUUUGUUGCUGGAACAAGCCAGAAUUACUUGAAAGUAUUCCAGCUUAGCAUCAGCUGAAUAAUUGAGCUGAGUUAGAACAGAUCUGAGGCAUCCUGGGUAGGAAACUGGAUGUGAGAUGUAAGUUACUGUUUAACACCAUCAGUGUUUGAAUACCAUCACAGUCCUAUGGAAAUGGAGACAAUGACUGAAGGUAUUGCUGUAGGAGCAGCUUUAGUGUUCUGUACUGCACUCACAGCAGAUGUAUGCAGCUGCAUAGGAGUUUGUGGUUGGACUCAUUCAGCAGUGUUGUGUGCCAGUUGAGACUGAGCUGUGUCAGCAUGAUGGUGACACAGAAAAACAACUAUUUUUGUGCCAAGAAAAACAACUGAAUUAGAAAAACUAGGAAAGCUAACCAAGAUGCUUGAAUUAUUUUUAUAGGUCUCUUAUUAACAGGAGGAAGAGCUGUAUCUUGUCUGGAGAUGGUGAUACAGUUUGCCUUUCAAAAAACUUAAUGAAAAAAAUGCUUGCAAAUCUGGUAUCAUUUAUGGAAAUAAAUAUUUAUAUUCAGACCCUCUCUUUUCAUUCAGGUAUAGAAGGUGAGCUAGUGUUGUUGAGGAUCCCAGUAAGCUCAUUCACUUUAUUUUGUGGUUACCUGUGCACAGAGUGUGAAUGUUUAAUUGGAUAGCACAUAUUUGAAGGAUGAGAAGUUCACUUGAAAGCCAAAGGGGAUCAUAACAAGUAGUAGGGUUAAGGAAAUAUCACUGUGCAUCUGUCUUCAGCAAAACAUUAAAGUCUAAAUUUCACCUGAGCAAAGUGAAAAUUAGAAAAAUCAGUUAGUUUAUAUCUUAAUUUAUUGUAAAGUCAUAGAAUGUAAGGGUUGUAAGGUUUGUUUCAUCUAUUCCCCAGCAUUUAAUAGCAAUUUUGAAAUUAAAUGGAAUGAAAUAUCUCCAUUUGUUUCUUGAAACAAGUAACAACACACCUAAAAAUAUGUAUUGUUCAGUGUGAGGUAUGCUCAGAUGUUUAAGUAAAAUACUUUCUUUUCCAUUCAUUAAGGGACAUAACAGUCAUAUCACUAUGCAGUGAUUUAAAGUGUAAAGACAACCUAAGAGGUUAAGAGAAUAAACUUAAUAGUUGUAGAUUGUUAACUUUUGCAUAACUACCUUUGACUUUUUUUCCCCUCAAAACUUAUAUCAUUACUUAUUGUGGCCCAGGCUUAUAUGGCACUUCUCAAAAUCUGGGCUGCUACUGCCUACUUUCCAUUUGUUGGGUUACUGUGUAUUUGUACAUUGGGGUUUGGAGAAAUCCCUUUUUCCUGAAGUGGAUAAUAAAAACUAGACUGGUGAGAUAGCAAACAAGUUGCUUUGUAAAUGUGAAAGUUUGAUUAGAAGGUGGUGUUCCUAACUUGGACUGGGUGAGAAUAUAGCAGAUUUGCACAAGUACUUGUGCCUUGUUAGCAUAAUCUUAUAAUUGGUAUUUUAGCUUCUUUUAAAGACGUGAAAUGGUCUUUUAAAAAUAAUUAAGUACUUAUUGUGUAGAUAUUUUCUAGAGAUGAAGGUUUAUGUACCUGUAAUUAUCUUUAGCAGUAUUAAUUGCGGUUAGUGUAAACACUAAAUUGUUUGAAGAAGCUGCUUUCAGCUAGUGAUCUGAGCUUCCUCUACAAAACUAAUUGUCAGAAAUUUAAUUUUACUCUUCCAGUAGCAGCUGGUGAACCGAAGAGCCUAUCCUGUUCUUUGUGCUGCAUGGGUCAAGUUUUCACUUAAAAAACCAAACCCCAACAACAUUACAGUCUAACCUUUAGCAGUGCUACCUCCUUUCUGUCAAAGUGCUGAAUUCUUCUCUAGCUGUUUGAAAAUGCUGUUUGUUGUCUUUGAAAAGGGGUGGGGAACGCAUCAGUUUUCUUUUGCUUCAUCAGUUUUGAUGUCUGAAUACAUUGCAGAGGUUUUUUGCUUUAGAAAAUUACUGUGUAAAUGGCGUACAAUAGCAGUGUGUGAUUUGCCACAGAGUACAUUGUAUCCCUGUGCAUAAGUUGCUGGAAUUCAUACUGUUGUCUUUCUGUGCAUUUCAUACUUUGUGUUGACAAAGCUAAACUGUUGUCUGCAGAAGCUUUAGUGUGUGCCAUUUUUAUAGCUAAGCCUGUGGUAAAUACGCAAGUUCUGACUCAGGGCUUUUUAACAACUUAAACACAUUCACAAUAUUCUUCAGCACAUCUUGGAGAAUAUAGAGAGUUAAUGACUGUACAGUGCCUUGAUAGAACUAUUGAAUGGGCAGCAGCCAUAGGGUCUUCACAAGAAUGCAAGUAUCUUUUCAAUCCAGUUAGUGAAUUGAUGUUAAUAUAGUUGUAAUGCCCUUGCCAUGGAUUUAUAAACUUAUAAACUUUAUAAACUUAUUGCAUAUUUUCUGUAAAGGAAAAUAGGCAAAUUUAGGUAUUGUUAAGCUUUCUGAAAGCUGUUUAAUUGUUGCACUGGUCAUGAGGAUCUGAAGGGCAUAAUACUCAAAUUUAAAGAAGCAGCUUUUUUGUCAAAGACAGCUUAGAAAAUUUUCUGUAUGUGACAUUUUUAGUGUGAGGAAGAGGUCAUUGUAUAAUAUGUAAAAGUACCUGCUUUAUUCUGAUCUGGUAAAUCUUCUGUAAGUGAGAGAGAAAAACCAACAGCAAAUCAGUAUGUUUGCAUGCCAUUUCAUAGUUAGAAAACUUUGUGUCAUUUUGAGCUUCUAGGAAGUACUUAAUUUUUCCCAGCCUUAGUGUCUUUAUGAAUGCAAACUAUUCAUGUUAGAAAACAGGUUUUACUGAAUCACAACAAACAUUUUUGCUUUUGUUAAAACUAAUGUGUAUUUUCUGUAAACUGUAGAUUUUGACAUGACUGUUUAUUGGAGAAAUUUAAGGUUGCCUGUGUGAAUGUAGUGUAUUUCUGUAUGCAGAUAGCAUUAUAUAAUUGCUUACGUUAAAACUGCUUAGCAAGGUCUAAGCUUUUCAAAGGAAAUGCUGAUGUACUGUAUGGUUAGUAAAACUUGUCAUAUAAGAUGUAUACUGACUUUUUGAAGAGCUCUGAUUUAAAAGUAUAGUUGGACUGAAUUAAUACUGAUUUUUUGCACACAACAUUGGAAAAGGGUUGGUGGCUCAUUUGUCUUCCUCCUUCUGAGUUGUAAUGAUGUUGGAUGUCAGCAUGGAAUUUGAAAAUUGGAUACCUGAAAAAGUAUUUGCAAACUGGGUUACUUGUUGGCAUACAAUGUUUAAAAGAGCGCCAGACUUUACUGAGAAAUUUUGCAGUCUAAAGUUCUUAAAAAAACUGGUUCUUUUAUAAUAUGUUCCUGAAGAAUGAGUUUGUGGAAGCAUCAGAAGUGCUAUGUGCCUUUGAAUCUCCAAGGUACUCAAACAUUGUUAAAGCAGCACAGUAGAAGUUUGAAGGGUGGAUUAUAUUGUAACAACAGAAAGGUUGAAUUAAAAUUGUCUCUGGAUUAUGUGCAAAUUUUUCUGUAAAUAUGCAGUUCAUAAUUCUGUUCUACUGACCCGAGUUGCUGUUAAGUGUUUGUUAGACUCUGUGUUUACUUGUAAUUGAAUGGCCUUUACAGAUCUGGCUACGUGAAUGUGGCCGUUUAAACAUCUCCUGCCAGAUACAGUAACUUCCAUAUUCUGAGACAACAGAUGCUGCAUCAUGGUUUGUACUUUUAGGAUUCAAUUUAAUGGAUGCAUUUGUACAAAAAAAAAAAAAAAAAAAAAAAAGGCUAUGUAAUCAAAGGCAACAAAACCAACCAGACUUAUAUGGCUUAGUGUUUUUAUUUGUCCUAGUGUACAGGUGAAAAAAGGAACUGACAGAAUAAAAAGUUUGUUGCUCUCUU